AUGCCCUUUAUGGCGGUCCCCCAAGUUCGCAAGAGACAACGAGCAAACGAUGACUUGCAACACAGUCGCUGUGCGAAGUCCCCCCGGAAGAUCAAGCAGUCCCUGCUAGAAAAGAACUCAGCCCAGAUAUCUCGAUACCAGAGUUCCGACUCGCCCUCGCCCUCACCCUCCGUCGACACGCCCUCCUGGCACUAUCCACCCGAGUUCUGGGACAGACUCUCGACGAUUCCGCUGAUCCGCUCGGCCCUGGAAGAGCUUGACCGGCGGAUUUGCGAACAACAACCUGCCCCUCCUCCCCCGUCGUCGCCGACAGAGCCCGCUGCCCAAGACCUCGCCCGAUUUGCACGCCACGGCGGACCAGACCUGCGCGAUCUUCGAGGGUAUCCUGCUCCUGUGCUGAGCAAGCACCAUACUGCUGCUACUAUGAGCUCCUUAUCUAGAAGCCAAGCAACCAAGUCUACUGAUCCUACUCCGGUUACAACAAAGCCGGGGGGGACAACAAAGACUGGAAAGACAUCAACUUAUAAUCGUGGAUUCGAACAACAUUUGACCGAUCAUGGCAUUCAUACAUAUUGGGACUCGCAAGAGAUAGAUGAGAACACUUUCUCUACUAUACUUGCAAAACCACGACCAUCUCUAUCGCUCUCCCGAUUCUCCGAUGACAGAUUCAAGAUCUUCCGCAAAACCAAUGCUCAGGCAAAAGAUGAAAGCGAUAUAUGCAAAUAUGUGCUGCCAACUAUUACUGGCCCCUGGGAAGAUAACCAUCCAUCUACCGAAAAUAUGGCUUUCGGAAAUCUAGAGCCGCUUACGGACGGAACUAUAACAGACGCAAAACCAGAUAUUGCUCUGGGCGCCUGCCCUACCCAGCUUGACCCAGCUGUUCGCAGCGAGCUUUCACAUCAUAUUAUCCCCUCUACCUCAACAGAUCGGAUAAUUGCACCCAAUUUCUUCUUAGAAGCGAAGGGCCCGCAUGGAUCAACAGCAGUGAUGAUGCGACAGGCUCAGUAUGAUGGAGCAAUCGGUACUCGGGCUAUGCAUAGCCUGCAGAACUAUGGUCGGGAGAAGCCUGUGUAUGAUAGCAAUCCCUAUACCUACAGCUCAACCUACCAUGAUGGCCAGCUCAAGCUGUAUGCUCAUCAUACUACUGCGCCUGCAACAUCAGAAGGCCAGCCCGAGUAUCACAUGAACCAGCUCACUGCUUAUGCCUUAACGGAUAACCGGGAGACCUUUGUUCGAGGAGCUACUGCAUACAGGAAUCUGAGGGACCUAGCGAUGCAGCAGCGAGCUACAUUCAUCGAGGCGGCCAACGCUACAUACCGAGCGCGGGUCGCAGCUGCUCAGGAAGAGCCGAUAGCUGAGGCACAGCCCUGCGAUAACUCCAAUUCCGUCUCGGACGAGAAUUUCGACUGCGAGGCUGACCACACACCAUCAGCCGUCGAAAGAUCACGAUCUCCUGCAACGCAAGAUUACCAGGGGUACAGCGUAUCACCUGCGCCCGCUGCUGCCGGACCAGCGAAUCCAAGCUCUACAUCAACGUCGAUAUCGGAACGCCACAGUCGCCAUAAGGCCUCUUCUAAGCGCCAGAGAGACUCGCACAGUCCAACAUCGGGCUCCCAUCGCAAGAAACACAGUUCUGGAAAGUCCAGAUAG